AUGAGUACCAAAUCGACUGGCGAGCGCCUCCAAUUUCCAAGCCUUGUAGCUGCUGGAGUCGUGGCAUUCACUUCCAUCGUCUUGGUCGCUUUCAGAUUCUGGAGCUUCAGCACAACACCAAAGGUAAAGAUUCUGCUUCAGGAUGAGAUCAAGAGUGCGAGACAGCGGGCGCUGGAGUACUGCUUCAAUCCUAGAGCUGUGAUGGCAAAGGGUUAUGCAAAGUUCAAAAAUGAGGUCUUUGGUCUGGAUACCCAGGAUGGUGUGAAGCUUGUGAUCCCGCCUAGCUUUCUCGAUGAACUAAAAAGUCAUCCGGCGCUCAGCUUCAAAGUCUCUAUUGACAAUGAUAUGCAAAUCGAGUAUACGCAUUUCGGCGGUCCAGCGGAAUAUGUGAUUCAUGCUAUUAAAGCCAAGCUGACCGGGUCACUCUACUGGACCCCUGUCAAAGUCCACGACAGAGUCCUCCGCCUCAUCGCCACCAACAACGCCCGCGUCUUCCAAGGCACAGCCGCCAGCAUCGACGAAGAAUGGCUCGCCGCCUCAACCGGCUACGUCCUAGCAUGCUUCGACUGCAUCCGCGCCCUCAAACAAUGGCACCCCUGGCUCCGACCGCUCGUCUACCGAAUCAUCCCCGAACGCGCCGCCAUCAAAGAUCAAUGGCUCAAGGGUCGUAAACGAGUAAUGGCUUCUAUGCGCGAGAGGCACGAAAAGGGAGGCAAUCUUGAAGAUCCGCCUACGAUGCUGGAUCAUUUGAGUAAUGGGAGGAAUGAGCAUAUUGCGGAUGAUGUUGAGCUGCAGUUGUUGCAUCAGAUGACGUUGAUUGCUGUCGGGACUGUAACGACGUUUUCGUCGACGACGCAGGCUAUUUAUGAUCUUGUGGCGCAUCCAGAGUAUAUCCCUAUUCUUCGGGAGGAAGUUGAGUCUGUGCCUAGGGAUCAGAAUGGUAAUUUCACUAAAGACUCCACGGUGGCGAUGGAUAAGCUUGACAGCUUUCUCAAAGAGAGUCAGCGCUUCAAUUCACCUGAUCUCACAACUUUCCAACGCGCAGCUAUCGCCGACAUGAAACUCCCAGACGGCACAUUCGUCCCCAAAGGCACCAAACUCGAGAUCAACACUUGCUCAAUCCAUAAAGACCACGAGUUAUAUGAGAAUCCAGAGGAGUUUGAUGGUCUGCGCUUUCAUAAAUGGCGCAAAGCUCCUGGCAAGGAAAAGAAGUACAUGUACUCCAGCAGCGGGACGGAUGAUUUGUCUUGGGGAUAUGGGCGACAUGCGUGCCCGGGGAGAUAUCUCAGCGCCAUCAAUAUCAAGCUCAUCAUGGCGGAGCUGUUGAUGAACUACGAUAUUAAGCUACCUGAUGGAGUGAGUCGGCCUAAGAAUAUUGAGUUUGAAGUAUUGUGCUCUCCUGAACCGGACUUUGAGAUCCUUCUUAAGGACAGGAUCAUUGGAUAG